GAAGCUCGUAUAAGACUACAUCGAACUGACGACCAUGGAUGGUAUGUGACCGUUUUCAUUAACAAGCACAAUCACCCACUAUCUGUGAAGUGUGGCGAGAAAAAACAGUGGAAAUCACAUAGCGUUAUAAGUCCUUUAGCAAAGGAUUUUAUUCGUAACCUCAGGGAGAACAACAUCAGGUUUGACCAGAUAUACAACAUAUUAGGGUCAGGUCUUGGCUCUUCUCGAGGCGUGCCUUUUAGGAAGCAGACAUUGAGAACUCUGUGUGCAACCAUAGCUCAUGAUUCCAUCGCUGAUGAUAUGGCCAAAACCACUAGUAUACUUCAGGAUAUGAGUGCCACAGAUCCGGACUUCAAAGUUUGUGUGCAAGUAGACGGUGAAAGCAGGGUGAAAACAGUAAUAUGGUGUAAUGGUAAAAAUCGGCUGGAUUAUGCACAUUUCGGUGAUGUGGUUACUUUCGACACCACUUACAGGACCAACCUGUAUAACAUGCCAUUUGGGCUUUUUGUUGGUGUGAAUAACCAUUUCCAGUCUAUUAUUUUUGGCGGCGUCCUCAUGGUUGAUGAAAAGACUCCCACAUUUGAAUGGGCAUUCAGAAACUUUAUUGACUUGAUGGACGGGAAACAUCCUACUACUAUAUUGACAGAUCAAUGCAAAGCUAUGCAAAAUGCUUUACGAAGUACAAUGCCCCACACCCGUCAUAGGUGGUGCAGAUGGCAUGUGUUAAAGGUCUUGAAAGAGAAAAUUGGACCCGUGUACAACAAACAUUCUGCCUUCAAGAAGGAAUUCCACGCGAUAGUAAAUGAAGAGAUAGAUGUAGAAUCAUUUGAGCGAAAGUGGCAUCAAUUGAUUAAAAAAUACAAACUUCAAGGAAACAAGUACCUUCGCAGGAUUUUCAAGUGGAGGGACAUGUGGGCAAUGCCAUACUUCAUGGGCACAUUCUGUGCCGGGAUGACCAGCACGCAACGGAGCGAGAGUGCGAAUCAUCUCCUCAAAAAGUUCAUCAGCAGAUCACCCCCAAUGCACUUGUUUGUUAAGCAGUACAACAAAUUGCUUGAUUCCAGGAGCUAGGCAGAA